AUGGCUGAUAAUACAUUUAGAAUUUAUAUAAAUGAUAGACAUUUUAUUGUUAAAAGAGAUUCACUAAAUAGUAAAGCAUUGGUGAUCAACAGACACGAUCCUUCUAAAAUUGAUAUUAUAGCAUCAAAUCAAAUUGACCCAAACUUAAGAUCCGAUAGAACUGUAUAUUGUGUUUUAGGUAUAUUUAGAAUUUAUAAUGAAUGUUUUUUAGUUGUUGUUACAGAAUCCGAUAUUGCAGCAAAUUUUCAAUUUAAAGGACAACAGAAUGUUAUUAGAAAAAUUAGAUGCACCGAUUUUAUAUCAUUUGUGACAGGUAGAGGUCACUCAGCUUUAGAGUAUCAACAACAACAACAGGAAUAUGAAAGCAAACAUCCUUAUGUCCAGGUUAUGAAUUUAUUGAACAGUGGUCAUUUUUAUUGGACUCCACCAAAUAGUAGCUUCGAUAUAACACGUACAUACCAAAGACAAGUAUUAGAUCCAAAAGAAGGAUUACCAGUAUGGGAAAGAGUGGACAAAAGAUUUUAUUGGAACAAAUAUUUACAAAAAGAUUUUAUAGCGUAUCGUCUCUACGAUUGGUGUUUCCCAAUUAUUCAAGGUUAUGUAGUAUCAGAUAAUCUAGGUCAUAUACAGAGCAAAAAUGUUCAAUAUACACUAAUCUCUAGAAGAAGUCGUUUUAGAGCAGGCACUCGUUUUGUAACUCGUGGUAUUGACGAUGAUGGUAAUGUUGCAAAUUUUGUGGAAACUGAACAAAUCCUUAGUGUUGAUAAUUUUGGUGUUUUAGCAUUUCUUCAAAUUCGUGGUUCAGUCCCUGUAUUUUGGAAUCAAUCAUCACCUCAAUUAAGCGAUUUAAAGAUUAAGAUGUCAAAUCUUUCAAAGAUUGGUAAAAUUAGUAAAAAGAAGAUUGUAAUUGCUCGUAACACUCAGGCUACAACUCCUGCUUUCCAAUUACACAUGAAAGAACAAACCUCAAAGUAUGGAAAUAUAGUAAUCGUCAAUUUAUUAUCAAAACUCAAGAGUGGUGAAUGUGAUUUAAUUAAUGCAUAUGAGGAGCAAAUAAGAAUAUUGCGUUCAAGUCAAAUAUUUUAUAACCAUUUCGAUUUGCAUGAACAAACAAAAGGCAAUAGAAUGGACUCUUUAGACUCGUUGGUCAACUACAUCGAUAACCAAGUAUUCCAACAAUUAAAAGUUGUCGGUUACUUUUUCCAAAAUGCCAAUGGUCAAGUGCAAUCAAAACAAAAUGGUAUCAUUAGAACAAAUUGCAAAGAUUGUUUGGAUCGUACCAAUAUCGUCCAAUCUCGUAUUAGUUGGAUUCUUUUCGAAAACCAUCUUCGUUUAGUUGGUCUAUUCUCUAAUCGUGACUCUGUUAGUGGAUAUACCCGUAUGUCACAACUAUUGAAAACAAUGUGGGCUGAUAAUGGUGAUGCUCUUUCUAUUCAAUACGCUGGUUCUGGCUCAUUGAAAUCAACUUUAACCCGUGAAGGUGAUUAUGGUAUUAUGGGUAUGCUUGCUGAUGGUAAAAAAACAAUGACUAGAUUCUAUAUAAACAACUUCAAAGAUCCCGGUAGACAAGACGUAUUGGAUUUACUUUUAGGUCUUCACAAAUCAAUGGCAAUUAGUCACGGUGGUCACGAUGAUAACAUUAGAAAGGAGGUUCAAGAUAGAGUAAAUGAAUAUUCUCAAAAAGAAUUUAAAAAUGUUUUUGUUGGUACCUAUAAUGUUGGUGGUGUGCCCUCACACACAUUCAAUCUAACAGAUUGGUUAAAGAGUAGCUAUCCAGCACCAGAUUUCUAUGUUUUAGGUUUACAGGAGGUUGUCGAAUUAACAGCAGGUCAAAUUUUGGCUACAGAUUCGUCAAUUGGUCGUCAAUGGGAAGACGCUAUUGAAAGAGCUCUCGCUCGUACAAAUCCAUCCGUCAAAUAUAUAAAAUUACAAUCGAGUCAAUUGGUUGGUUUGUUAUUAUGUAUUUAUGUUAAAGAGGAUAGUAUCUAUUGUUUCAGAGAGGUUCAAAUUCAAAAUAUUAAAGUUGGUUUACAAGGUCUUGCUGGUAACAAAGGUGGCAUUGGUGUAAGAUUGCUUUUCGCCGAUACUUCUUUCACUUUUGUUACUGCUCAUUUUGCAGCAGGUCACUCUAAUGUGGACGAUCGUGUAAACGAUUUCAGAGAAAUAGAUUCACAGUUAGCAUUUGGACGUCAAGGUCAAUAUAGAGUUUCAGAUUCAGAUUAUUCUUUCUGGUUAGGUGAUUUCAAUUUCAGAAUUGAUUUACCAGAUGAGGAAAUUAAGAGAUGCAUCAAUGAUGGUAAUUUCCCAAAACUUUAUGACCACGAUCAAUUAAAAAGAUGUAUGGAGACCGGUAGAGUAUUCGGUGGAUUCAGAGAAGAGGUUAUCUCAUUUGCUCCAACUUAUAAAUACGAUUUAAACACUAAUCGUUAUGACACAAGUCAAAAACAAAGAGCACCAGCUUACACAGAUAGAAUCCUUUGGGCAAAUAAAGUUCACCAUGAUUUAAGACAACUCUACUACACAAGACAUGAGAUCUUUUCAUCUGACCACAGACCAGUAAGUUCUUAUUUCCAAGUAGAAGUCACCAAGAUUGAUAAAGAAAAAGAAAGAUUACUUCGUCAACAAUUAUAUGAACAAAAAUCUUCACAAUUUAUUAGCAUUAAUAAAGAUGGUGCAAAUACAUUAACAAAAGAAUUUGAUUCAUUGUCAAUCUCUUCAAGAAGCCAAGCAUUAACAAAUAGUACUUAUAAUAAUAAUAAUGGUGUUGCAGUUAAUCACUCACAACCUGUAAAAGUUUUACCAACAAAUACAAUUGUUACUCCAAAACCAAUUGUUCCAGUAAAUAGCAACGCUAACCAAUCAAAUAUUCAAUACCAAAUUACAACCACCCAACAAGAAAAUAUUAAAACUAGAAGUGGUAGUGGCAGUAAUUCAAUUCUUGCAACCACUACAUCAACUCAAAGAAAAUUGUCAUCAGGUAGACCUUUACCAAUGGUACCAACACCAAAUCAACAACAAACACCCCAACAAUUAUUGGUUCAAAUUCCAACUGAUUUUACGAAUAACAACAACAUCAAUAAUAAUAAUAAUGUAAAUAAUGCACCAGUUAGUCUUACUAAGUUAACAGGAUCUGGAGGUAAAAGAUCACCAUCCUCUUCAUUCCUUAAUAAUAGUAAUAACAAUAAUAAUAAUAAUAAUAAUAGUAGUAGUGGUAGUAGUAAUAGUCUUGUUCCAGUUUCGGGUGAUGGAAAUCAUUCACCAUUUUUUGAUGAUCAAUUUGAUCCAAGAAAAGGUAGACUUUCACCAAUACCAUCAUCAUUCAAUGAUAGUGGUAGUGCUUAUAGUAAUAAUAAUACUUUAGCUUUACCUCCAUCUACCUCAACUCCUCCACCAAUGGAAUUAUUGGUACCAACUUCACAACCAACUCAACAUAAUAACAUGUAUAAUAGUAAUAAUAGUAAUAGUAACACAGGCAGUGGUAAAAUCCAACCUAUUCACUCAAGCAGUAUUAAUCCAAACUCUCUUUAUGGUCAACAACAACUUCAAUCCCAGUCACAAAACCUAGAUCAACUUUUAAUUGAUUCUUGGGGAGCAAAGAAUAGCGGUAAUAGUAAUAAUAACUAUUAUAGAUCCGAACCACCACCAUUACAACCAAUACCAUCAUCCGUUUAUCCACCACAGCAAUCGACAUACGCAAUAUCACAACAACCACCAAACUUUAUGCUUCAACAACCAUUACAACCUGUAAUGUCACCAAACCAGAAUAUGUACUUACAACAACAACAACAAUAUUCAUCACCAUAUCAAACUAAUAUUUAUUCGCAACCACCACCAUUACAAGCUCCAGGAUACUCAUACCAAACCAAUAUUUAUCAACAACAACCUCCACCAUUACCGUCAUUCAUUAAUCAAGCCCCACAACAAAACAAUCAUUUAGGUUCAAUUUUAGAUUAA